CCCACCAGUUGCCCCCUCCGCCCCCUCCACUCCCAGCAUGCCCUGCGCGCACAAGCCCGGCGCGCGCGAAUCGCUGUGCAGAGGGAGCAGGGCAGGCCCCGCCCUCGCGGCCCCGCCCUGGGAGGCGUGACUCGGGAAGCCUCGUUGCGGUGCUCCGGGGAGGAGAAGAGCCUCGUUGUGAUCACACCCGGGGGCGGAGCUUCGCCGCGCCUGCUCGAGGACAGGGAGCUGCCUUCGCGCCAAGGGGCACGCGCUGGAUCGGCGCACGGCCUGCUGGCAUCAGGGACAAAGUUCUUCGAAGAGAUCAUGAGCCACAAGGGUAGAUAUUUUAAGGAGGAGAGAGACGCUCACAGACUGGCUCAUAGGGUUCUCCAACAAACCUUGAAUCCGCGUUCCUUCAGCUCCAGUAAUAUAGAUUUAGAAAACAACUAUGUUGAUGCUUUGGAUCCAGAAAAGCUAAUACAAUGUCCAUAUGAUAACUAUCAUCAAAUCAGGGCUUGUCGGUUUCCCUAUCAUCUUAUAAAGUGCAGGAAGAACCACCCUGAAAUUGCAAAGCAACUAGCUACGUGCCCCUUUAAUGCCCGCCAUCAGGUUCCAAAAGCUGAGAUCAGCCAUCAUAUAUCAAGCUGUGAUGACAAAAGCUGCAUUGAGCAAGACAUUGUGAGUCAGUCAAAUAACUGCCACAGAGAGAAGAUGAACAUUGUCAGCACGUGGCAGCCGCCCCCAUGUGACGAAGACUGGGAUAAAGAUCUACAGGAGCAAUCAAAUUCUACAUUCAUUUGGGGAACGUUUCGUAGUAGCACAAGCAGCUCUGGAUCCAGUGUAGUAAUGGAGCAAAAGAGUAACCUAACAGCAGGCAUGAGAGCACCCAAGUCCUUGCCAUAUAUCCUAUCCUGGAAAAGCAGUAAGUACAAAGGAGCUUGUAACUGAAGACUGGAGAAGAGGCUGCAAUUGAGUCCACAUCUUUUUUCCUGUAGAAAAGUGAGGUGCUAGCUCAUUAGUAGACUCAGACUAAACACCCUUUGUGUUGGCUAAGCACUUGUAGCCCUAACCUUUCCGCAGAACUGUCCUUCACAUACCUGCCUGCCUCGAAACUGCCCAGACCAAGGUAGUUAGAAUGCUGUUAACCCCUUGAUACCAGAGAUCAGACCUUCAAAAACAAACUCUGUGCCAAGGAGCUAGCAGAGUUCAAACCACCUGGAAGAGCAUGCUCUGUAAGUUAGUUACCUCUAGGGUGUUCAGCCUAAAUCACUUCUGGACUCCUGCAUGUCUAGGGAUUAAAAUGUGUUAUAGCUGUUUAGUGCUGUAUGUUAUUGACGAAACGUUCCUCUCAGGGAUUGCUAUGCUAGGUUAGACCACUGGUCCAUGUGAGGGUAAGCUUUCAAAGUGGUACAAAUCUCCUUGCAGGGGAAUUAGGCAUCUGAAUAUUUGGCUCCUUAAGUUUCUUUCUAGAGCCCUUGAAUGUGUGUUAGUCCUCAUGU